UUAUAUUAAAGCUUCUAAAAUUUUUAUUUCCGAUUUCUAUUUGCAAACCCUAAAACUCUUGAUUCUUGAUUUUGUCUCACUAUUAAGAGCUAAUUCAAUUCGUUGAAAUAAUCUAUGAUUAGUGAGCUGAAAAGGGAGGUUGAAGUUUGAGUGAAAAAUGUAUGGUGAUUUUGCAAGUCUCUUUUUUGAAAAGGUGGCUUCAAGAGAGUGAUGGGUGGAACCUUUGAUUGGUUUGUGAAGUCUCAACGCUGAGCUAUCUUGGUGAGGAAGGAUGAAUAUCGUAAAAGGUGUGCUAUCUUGGUGAGCUAUUUUAUUAGAAGAACUUCUGCUGGGCAUUCUGGCGAGUCUUCAGGUUUCCAAGGUUAAAAGUGCUCUCCUCCUAGGCCCAAGAUUCACUUUAGCUAUUAUUUUAAUAAUUUUUAAGGAAACGGGAGCAGAAACGCGUGAGAAAAGGUGGAGUGAAUGGUGAGGUUGUGAUACACGCGCUUGAGAGGAAAAAGGAAAAGUUAGAAAAACAGAACUUUCACUUGCAGUUUAAACUAAAGGCGAGAGUGCGGAUUGCUGCCAUAGCUUCGUGCGUCGAAUUGGAAGCCCUAAUUUGAAGUGUUCUUGUUCUGCAAAUCAAUUGGUGCUCUGGUCAGUUGACAUGAGUGGCAUUAGUGAAGGUUGUGAAGGUAGUGAAGGUUUCAAGGUUGGAGAUUGUAGUGAUAUAAGUCAGAUUAGUUUCAGACAUUCUUGUAGAACACAAUAUAUUGGUUUGUUGAACAAGAAGUUAAGUGUGGAGCAAAAAGAAUGUAUUCAACAAACACCAUUUUGGUGGUUUGUUUUGUUGCAUGAAAGAGUUAAGAUUAGUCAAAACCUUCUUUGUGAGUUAAGUAAUGUGUGGGUGGAGAGUAGAGGAGGUUUCAUGAUUAACUCCGAAUUUGUAUCAUUUAAGUUAUUAGAUGUAUGUGUAGGCCUGGGGUUGAGGGUUUAUGGAGAUAAAAUUGAUUUAGAGGAGGUUGGCGUUGAUAGUGUUUGUAGGAAGAAAUUUUUUGAAAAAAAGGUAACAAUUAGUAUGGUCUAUAAUUAUCUAUUGAGUGAGUGUGAACGUCUUGAUGUAGAAGAUUACUGUCGGUUGUACAUUCUUUUAGGCAUCUCUGAGUUUCUUUUGCCUAAUAGAAAUGGAGCAGUCUUUGUUUCACUUUUUGGAAUUGUAGAUGAUUUGAGUAGUCUUGUUAAAUAUAACUGGGGUGGUGUGGUUUAUUCGUAUUUGGUUGGUAGUUUGAGUUCUGCCUCAGUUGUUUUAAAGAAGCAAUCAGAUCAAAAACACUUCCAUGUUGUCGGAUGCGUAUAUUUAUUGCAGCUAUGGGCUUUUGAUCACUUCCUGUUUGUGAAGAGAAAGAGAGCAGUUAUUGAAUCCAAAUUUCCAAGGUUGUUGCGUUGGAUUGAUUACAAAGUUGGAGAUGUGUCAAUAAGAAGUAGUUUGAAAAAUAAUGUGGAAGAAAUAAGUGAGUUAGUUGUGAAAGAAGCUUUAUCAAAAGGUGAUGGCGAGCGUGACAAAAGUAAGAGGAAAGAGAGUGUCUCUGGUGGAACGAAAAAGAAGGAGCAGCUUAUGGGUGUAAUUGAGCAGCAAGAACAUGAUAUUCGUGAACUUGGUGGAGCGAUUGCUAAAUUGAAAUCAACUUUGGCUGAGAGGGAAAAUAAAAGUAAAGAUGAAUUUGUUUCUCCUAUGAAUUUGAAUGAAGUGGAUGUUCCAAGUGAAGCUGCAGAAGACAGAAAUGCAACGAACAGCGAUAUGUACGUGCGUAUGAAGAAUGAUCCACGGUUACGAUUGAAAAGCCGUUUAAUCCAAACUCCGUUCGCAGUUUAUAGUCGGAAGAAGAAAACGAUAUCGAAAUAGUUGUUGGAGUAUGAGCAAUAUGUAUGUAUUUUGUUUUGUUUGAUGGAAAUGAAAUAUCAUUUUCAUUUGUUUAAUUAUAAGA